AUGUCCGUGCAACCCCAAGGAUGGCAUGAACGCUACAGCUCCAGGACCUGGAGGCUCGCAGCUGUGUGCGUCAGCGUUGUGUUGAUGCGCCACGGCGAAGAAGCACUGGCGUACGACGUAACUCGCGGGCGGAUGUCUCAGCCAGAUAUGUCAAAUGAGCACGCGCCGUUGCCUUCAGAAACGUUUGUGGAAUGUAAUGGGUCGAAGCAGGACACAGUACCCAACGAGCCGUUCGUUGUGACGCUUUCCAAGGAGAAGCCCGCCGCCACCGUACACUGCACGGAAGAAAACAACAAAGUCAUUCCCCAAGAUUCAAAGAAAGUUUGCUACCCUCAGGCCAACAACCCGACGGUCGAUGGGUGUAGUAAGGCAAACCCCACAAACAUCCAAGUUUCCCUCCAAGAGCUCCUUGGUUCGAGCACCGAGAUCGCUGCAACAAUUUCGCCGCUGGCGAAGGAGAACAAAACGCAAGGUGAGCAGUGGAGACUGGCGCUAAAAGAAACAGAUUUUCCUUUAUCGGACCAAUCCUUCUUCGUCGGAUGCCAGCAAACCACCAAGAACAAUUCGAUUUGCAAAGCAACAGUCAACGUGAAAGCGAGGCAAUCAUCUGCCCGUGAUAACGUUGUUCAGUGCGCGUACGGAAGAGAGAGCAAUCCUGACGACGUAGAGGUUGUGAUAACGGAAAGCAACAGGGCUCUGACUCUCGACUGCGGGAAAGAUGGCUCUGUCAAGCCGUCAAAAUACACAAGUUUAUACUGCGACCUCGCGGACUUGGAUAAUUGCACUAAGCACUUCUCAGAUAUUUUCCCGGGCUUUGACGAGAACUGGUGGACGAAGGAAGAACAAGGGAGAGUGCCGGCGAAACUAACAAUUCCUUCGACGGGCUUUCCAAGUGAAGACCGAAGCUUCUUUAUCGGGUGUGCUCCGCUUCCGGAUGCCGGAACCGGGCAAGAAUCUCGCAGCGAUUCGGAGAGUGAACAACAGGCACCGCCAGCGAAAUCAACUUGCAAAGUGCGUGUGACCGUGAGAGCUGCGAGCUCUGCAUCCCUAGCACUGACAUCCGUAGGAACGUCAGUUGCAGCAUCUGUGGCUGCCGUCCUCGCAAUUGUCGUCGCUGGCUUAAUGUGA